AUGCGUUUUCUGUGUGUACUCUCUGUGUUGUUAGCGGGCGUAGCCGUGGUGUACGCAUCACAAGCUGAGCCGACGCCAGGACUAGACAAGCGUCAGCAGGCUAACCAGAAUGGCGCGAUCGCUGGUGCCGCGCUGGGCGGUGGUGCGGGUGCGGCUCCGGCCACGACAGCCACGACUCCCGCGUCGAUCUCUGGCUAUACGCCGCCGCCUAGCUCAGACAUCCCAAAACCGACCAACUUCUCGAGCGGGACCAUCCUGUCGCCGAACGACAUUGAUGGCUACUCGGAUGCUAUCAAGUUUGCCGCCUCGUCGUCGUCGACAGUAUCGGUGUCGAUGACCUGGGUCACUGCUAUCAUGGCGCUGGUCAUGAGCGGUGCACUUUUCUUGUAA